CCAAAGUUGUGGAAGAAGAUAGAUGAUGUUGCGUUUAGCACUUUUAUCUAUGUUUUGUUGCUUGGCAUCGGCUGAUGGUGAUUGUGACCUAGUAACUUAUUCAUCUCUGAAUAUCAAAGGUUAUAAUAACCUUAAAGUAGCAGUUGACUCGGGAUUUGUUGCAGAUAUGGAUACCCUAAAUAGUUAUGCAAGACAAUGUGAUGUAACCGUUUGGGUAACCCAUGGUUUCCGCGAGGAAGGGCAAAAUCUCGGAGGUACGGUUGUUCCACCAGCUACGACGUCUAAUCACCUUGUCGGACAUGCGAUUGAUUUCAAUCUGGAUACCCUGAGCGGAUGGUGUAAUGGAGAUUGUCUCUACGCGGGACAUAAUUCGUAUGCAGAUUGUUUUAUCCAGAAAGUACGAAAUACUUCUGGUCUGAGAUGGGGAGGAUAUUGGAGUCCCUCUGAUCCUGUUCAUAUUGACGAUGGAUUGAACGUUUAUAAUUACAACGAAUGGGUGGCCUUGUACAACCACUUGCAAGGAAAAUGCUGA